AUGUUCGGUGCUGUGUUAGACGAGAAAAGUGAUGCACAUCUCGUAUUAGCAAUGGACUACGCUGUCGAUUGGCUCAAUGCUCAUGAAAGUCAACAGCAACAUAUUGAAUAUCAAAUCGAGUUUGUUCGUUCUGACGACUAUUUCGAUGCAGUUACAUCAGUGUGUCGUUUGUUAGAACACGAGAAAGUGGUUGCUUUAUUCGGCUCUUCUAACAUGUUGCUCAAUGAUCAUAUCGAGAGGUUGGCUAAUCAGGCCCUUCAAGUGGGAUUAAUCGAACUGAAACACUGGUUUAUGUUCACAUCAAUAGUAAGCUUCCUGGCAAUUCUUAUAGCGUGCGCAUUUCUUCUUUCGAUUCUGAAUCUUUCUGCAGUCAAGAAUUCUGAUGAAAGGUGCACAUUAGAUAUGAGAACGCUUGAUAUGGAAUUGUUCCGGCACAAUCAUGCGCGUUUCAUCGCUGUUGACACGACCGAUCCAAAGUUUAUCGCGGAACAGGCGAAUGCCUUCAAUUACUCUUCAUUCGUUACAUACAUCACUGAAAGAUGCACACAUUGCACAUACGCAAAUCGAAAUAUUCGUACUUCAGAGUCAGCAUUGAUGUUUGAUGCCGUGUUGAUGGCAGCAGAUGCAAUCAAAAUUCUGAAAAGUGACGAGAAGAUAACAACACGAUGCCGAUCACCAAGUCAUCCACAUCGCGCAUUUACGAGUGGCACAAAACUUAUUCAUGCAUUAAGAAAUACGUUAGCCAAUACCGCUCCGGUUGGAACAUUAUAUGCAUAA